UGUAAGUAUUUUCCAGUUUCAAGAAACGUCGUUUAAAUCUACGAAAUUCUUGCUGGAAAAAUAAAAGAACUUCAUAAUUUUAUUGCAACAGGCAGUUUUGUGGACAGGCACUCUCCAGAUUCCCGCCAGCCGUGAAUACGUGCAUUCUGUAAUCAUGUCUCAGAGUUCGACACUCUCCUCCAUCUCAUGGUCAGACCGUCGCGGAGGAGUCGAGAAGAUCGCUGACUGCAUGAAAGAAAUGUUAGCCCGUGGAGAAUCGAGCGAUGUACAGUUCGCGAUAGGACGCAGCUAUGGCGCAGCGCAGGUCUUUCCAGCUCACAAACUGAUCAUGAGUGCCCGAAGCAAUGUCUUCCACCAGAUGUUCUAUGGAGCUCUGCCAGAGAAGUGCACGGCUCCCAUCGACAUUCCCGACAUUCUCCCUGAUGCAUUCGCUAACAUGCUCAGUUGCUGA